AUGGAGUCAGCCAAACAGGACUUCAGUUCCAGUCCCCAACUAGGCAAAACCAGUUACACCUACACAGAAUUCAACACCAAGGACAUGGGUUCCAAUCCCACUGUUGAGUUUUCAAGUGACAUCUCGCACCAGACUCGCCUGCACAUCCGCAGCAGCAUGGUGAGACAGGCAAACUCGACCGAACAGCGGUUCUCCUAUAAGAAAAAGACAAUUGGCACCGGUUGCUUGCUCCCUAGACUCGACAAGCUUUGUGUUCUCAUUUUUCGAUCAAGACUCAAGACCAGAUUCAAGAUCGCUCAUCAAAAGACCUGA